CUGAUAAGGCAGCUCAGAUGGGCACUGAUAUGUGGCAUUGAUGUGCACUGGUAGGCACUGAUAUGUGCCAUUGAUGUGGCACUGAUGGGCACUGGCAGGUGGCAGUGAUAGGCACUGACAGGUGGCAUUGAUGGGCACUGACAGGUGGCACUUCUGGGGCCACACUGAUCAUCAGGGCACACUGAUCAUCACUGUCAGCGUGACAGCUCUUGAGGAGAGAAAUGCCGAUAACCGGCAUUUCCCUGUUUACAUGUGAUCAGCUGUGAUUGGACACAGCUGAU